AUGAUGGACGGACUGGACGACCACCCAGACCUCCUCUCCGAAGACCAAACCAAGGGGAGGUCAGAAACGGUUGAUUUGAAUACAGACACAUCACUUCUGGUUGAUAUAUCUGAUGCAUUAAGUGAAAGAGACAAAGUCAAGUUCACAGUUCAUACUAAGACUACAUUGCCAGAGUUUAGAGACAGUGAGUUCAAUGUUGUACGACAACAUGAAGAAUUUAAACUAGAAGCACGAGUAGCGUCUGAUGAAGAUCUUAAGUUAUCAGAUUUAAUGAGGUAUUACAUGAGAGAUUCACAGGCUGCUAAGGAUCUGUUAUUAAGAAGAACCAGGUGUUUAUCUAACUAUGAAAAUGCCAACAAAGCACUAGAGAAGGCAAGAGCUAAAAAUAAAGAUGUUCAACAAGCAGAGACAAAUCAACAAAGAGCUUGUGAAAGAUUUGAAAAGAUAUCUGAUACAGCUAAACAUGAACUAACAGACUUCCGGAUGAGACGCGUUGGUGCAUUUCGUAAACAUUUGGUGGAAUUAGCUGAGCUAGAACUUAAACAUGCUAAAGCCCAAAUGCAGUUACUUCGAACGUCCAUUGCCUCCCUUAAAGAAGAACAAUCUGACUAGCUUGAAACCAUAGAAACCAUCUUAGGUGCAUAAAGGAGGAUGUAUUUUAAAAUAUCUGUCAAAUAUAAAAAGAUAAUUUCUAUGUUUAUUAUUAGGUAUCUGUAAUAAUCACAUAAUGUUGAAUAUACUUCGAGUUGGUAAUAA